GCUUACCUCACCCUUUCUCCUCCAGCAGCAACCAGCAAAUCUAGCACCUGGCACCACCACCAGCGACACAGCUCCUCUACUCCCCAUAUUGCAACUGUUUCACACAGACAACCCAGCCAGGCAAGCAAUACACGGCGCACCAGGAGCCAGCGGACGGCCCCCAAUAAGAAGAGAGAGCGCGCGCCCUCCAUCAUGUCGCUCGCAACCUCCACCGUCACACCCUCCAUGCAACCCACCGCCAGCCCAACCCCGACACAGUCCACCCGCUCCAACAAUAACUCCCAAUCGCCCCUCCUCUUCUUCGUCGCUCUCGGCUUCGGUGUCCUCUUCACAAACUUAUGGAUCAUUAUUGGUGUCAAGUACUGUUUCCGCUAUCAAUCUGCACGACGACGCGGCAUCACCAUGUCUCAAAUGAAUGCUGAAAUCGCAGCAGCCAGUGCACAGCAGCGUUCAGGACGUCGACGUAAGGAGAAGAAACUCAUGACCAUGGAAGAGGUGAAUGCGCAAUUUCCAUUACAAAGCUAUAAAGCGUGGCGCGCGAGUCGGGAGAAGGCUGGGUUGAGUACGGAGGGAGGCAUGCAGGCCGUUGAUGCAGAGACGGCGCAGGUUGUCAGGCAAGAGAUGCAAGAGGAGAAGGCAACCCUCACGACGGAGGAAGUGGCGCCGGAUGCGGGUGCGGGUGAGCUGGCCACGGGCGUGGUCGAACAAGACCUUGAAGCGCAACAACAAGCAAGAAGGAAGAGUCUGGCGCGGGGAGAGACAUAUGCAGGUGAUACAAUCUACGAAGUGGGUUCGUCACAGCAAGCACGGGCCAUCAUGACUGGCAAGUCAGAUAAAACAGAAGAGUCUGUUGAUAUUGCUGGAGAAGCCGACAUUGCAGAUGCUGCCUCAUCAACACCUGCUACCAUUGCUGGCGCUGGCGCUGCAGGUCCUUCUUCUACUCAUGCACCUUCUGCAGCUGCAGGGAUCGCAGCGGCUGAUAUCGUCUCUGGUGAUACCUGCGCCAUCUGCAUCGAUACCCUCGAAGACGACGAUGACAUCCGUGGCUUGACAUGCGGUCAUGCAUUCCAUGCGGCGUGUGUGGAUCAAUGGCUCACCACGCGUCGUGCUAUUUGCCCACUGUGCAAAAAGGACUUUUGGGUACGUAAAUUACCUGUUGCAGGUGAAGAUGCUGCGAUGGAGGAUGCACAAUCUCAUGCGGGUGUGUUGGGUAUGUUGCACAGUCUAAGCACCUUUAGGAUGCCACGAUGGAGAUCAACAGCUGCGACGUCUGAUCCGACUGCUGCGCGGUCAGGUGGAAGUCGCAGGCGUCGACAGGGUGAUUUGGAGCAAGGCAGUGAGAUGACGCAUUUGCAAAGUCGCCCACGGUCAAGAGAUGUCACGCAUGAGACUGCCGCAGGUGGCGGUCGUGGCUUUGAUCCGUCGCAUUUGGCGAGUGUGCAUGCCGCUCAACGCUGAAAACUUGAUGAAAGCCCUGUCUUUUGCGCUUCCUCUUCGUAUCCUUGGCCUCUCUUGGAAGGUCUUCAAUCUCUUUAUGCUCAGUUCUUUUGUAAUGCAAUGCAACGGCCUGCUUCAAUAUCAUCAAGAGUAUACUGCGCAAUGAUACAAGCGCUGUUAAAUUAGAUACAAGAAUCUGAAAAGGUCAUC